CAGUUUUAUUUUUGCGUCUUUGGUAAUCAGAAGGUAAGCUGAACAAAAUAUAUGGCUCUCGGAGCGAAUCCUUUUAGACAUAGAACGAGACAUCACUCGGCUGUAUUUCGACAAAACCAUGCUCAUCACAAAGAAGCAAAUGAAAUUUGGGACGGAAAAGCCGCUGCACGCGGCAACGAUUGAAGAGGCCUUAACAGCUACAGGUUUCGGCAAAUACAACUUCGGUCUCCUCCUAGUAUGCAGUUGGACGCUCCAAGCGAUGGGGAUGGAUCUCUUUGGCACCAGCUUUGUGGUGGCAGCUGCGGUGUGCGAUCUGGAGCUGAGCCUGCAGCAACGAGCGCUUUUGACCGCUACACCACUUAUUGGCGUGGUACUAGGAGCCCAGCUUUGGGGGUAUGUCUCCGAUACGAAGGGUCGUCGCCUCACGUUAGUUCUAUCGAUGUCAGUUGGCUUUGUAUUCGCUGCUCUCAGUAGUUUCUCGCCUGAUUGGAAAACUAUGGCGUUUAUGAAGCUUAUUUCGUCGACUUUCACAUCAGCAAGUAAUUCAGGCGCCUACACAUUGCUGGGAGAGAGCUGCCCGGAACGUUCCAGGGGAAGAUCUAUGUUAUUAUGUACAUGUUCGCUGAUGUGUUCCCAGGCCGUGGUGGCUGUAUUCGCGUUCCCAAUCCUGCCCUUACAAUUCGCAUACUGGAUAGACUUCCUCAGCAUCUCGUACCGACCCUGGCGUCUCCUGGCCCUGGUCAUGUCCCUCCCCUGUGCAGCCACAGCUUGUCUCCUGCAGCUGUUCCAUGAGAGCCCCAAGUUCCUGCUGUCCAGGGGGCAACAUGACCAGGCUCUGGAGGUGCUGAAGAAAAUCUAUGCGUGUAACACUGGACUCGGGAGCGAGAGCUUUCCGGUAAAGAAGCUGAUAGACGAACAAGAACAAACGUCAAAUCAAGAAGAAUCUUUCUUACGAGUUCUCUGGCAGCAAACCGCCGCGCUGUUCCGUCCGCCUUUACUCAGUGUUACUCUGAAACUGUUCUAUCUAGUCACUAUUAUUUAUAUGACUGGCAGCGGCUUCAUCCUCUGGCUGCCCUACAUCAUGAACAAUCUCUUCUCCGUGUUAGAGACAGGUGGAGGUGCCGGUAUGAACCUCUGCACUGUCAUCAGAUAUUCCACUGAUAGCAUGGCUGCUGCUGCUGGAAAUUCUACUAUACUCCAAGAAGUGUGCAACGACACUAUCCAGCCAACUACCCUCAUUUCAGCGAUGUCGUACGGAGCUCUAGCGAGUUCUUCGAACCUAGUACUUUCUCUCACUUGUGGUUCUAGAAAAAGAUUAGCAAUGAUUGGAAUAGUUCUACUUUCUGGAAUUUCAGCAGUUUUAUUGAAUUUAGUGUCCAGUCCGAUUGCUGGAGGGGUUUUCUUCUUCUUGUUUCUGCUCUGUGCGUUGUCUAUGGGACUUCUGAGUGUGUACUUCGUGGAAUUGUAUCCUACGUCUUUGAGAGGGAUGGCAUCAUGUCUCUCAGUGAUGUUGGGAAGGUCGAGUGCGUUCUUCGGAGUGAAUGCUAUCGGAUAUCUGAUAUCAGCUAAUUGUGAAGCUACGUUCUAUGCGUGGUCAGCUUUGUUAUUUAGUGCCAUUGUUGUGUCGUGGUUCUUGCCAAGUGACAAGAAAUGAAACCUUCAUUUAAGAUGUGUGAAGUCUUUGAUUUCGUUUGGUCCAUUGAAUUCAUCCAAUGCGACUAUAGGUUCAAGUGACCUUUUGAAUUUGGCAUUUAAGUAUUAUUUGGCAGAAUUAUCUCGUUUUGUUGUACCUAAAUUUAUCCUUUAAGUAUAUUUUUUAUGUAUUGUCUGAUGAUCGUCUGU